AUGCUGUGGAUUGAUGAAAUUGAAAGGGAAGUCAAUCUCCAGUAUUACCAUCUGGAUGGAGUUGAUAUCGAAGUGAACGAAGACGAGCAUGGCGAGCUCAUGGCUACUCUGCAUGUGCCUGGGGUGGCAGAAAAGCAUCCAGCAAUCCUAGCAGGAGACUCGGUUUUCGUGAGGCUGCCUAGUGAUCAGCAGCCAUCUUGGCCUUACGAAGGAAUUGUUCAUGAUGUCAGAAACGAAACACUUCAUCUGGGUUUCGGUGAAGAGUUCUUUCUCUUGUACGCGGCAGGGAUGAAACUGAACGUUCAGUUCUGGUUUUGCAGGAGCACCUACAUUCGUUGCCAUAAAGUGCUGCAACACUACCAGAAAGUACUUCCCAUUCUGUUUCCAAAGCCCAGUACAAAGUUCGAUGAAGCAAAUCUCGUUAGUGUUGACAACUACUUCGAUAAAAACGUGGGCAAGAACCGAAUGCAGAAGCAGGCGGUGGAGGCGAUCGUGAAUCGAGUAAGCGCUCCUGCGCCUUACAUCAUUUUCGGCCCUCCUGGCACCGGCAAAACAUCAACGAUGUUGGAAGCCAUCAAGCAAGUCUACACGCGAAACAAAAAUGAUAAAAUACUCGUGUGUGGUCCUUCUAAUGCAAGUUGUGAUAUACUCACCGAAGGACUUCUGAAACACAUUCCUGCUUCCAAAGUACUGAGAGUGAACGCUCUAUCUCGUCAAUGCUCUGGUAUCCCACAAAAUGUUAAGAAUGUGAGCUCACGUCAGGCUGACUUAAUCUCGAUCCCAAACAUGGACAUGGUGCGCUCGUACAACAUUGUCAUCACCACCUAUUCGUCUGCGUAUCACGUCUUGCCUUUGAUACGAGAGAAUGAAAGCAAAUCUUGGUUUUCGAACUUGUUUCUAGACGAGUGUGGGUACGCAAUGGAGCCAGAAGCCUUCAUACCAUUGCUGGCUCUUCCUAAGAUGGUUGUUCUGGCUGGUGAUCCUUUACAGCUGGGACCAGUCGUCUCGAAUGUGUACCUCCGCGAAAAUCCGUUUCUCAAAAACUUCCGUUUGGACAUAAGUUUAUUAGCACGACUAAUGGACGGGGAAAUGUACAAAGCUAAAGGAGGGCAAUUCAACCGUCUCUACAUCACUAAGCUCGUGGAAAACUAUCGGUCGCAUGCACGCAUUCUUGAAGUUCCCAACGAACUUUUUUAUGACAACCAACUUGAAGCCAAAGGGGAUGAACGUAUAAUAAACUCGAUGCUGAAAUGGGACAAGCUGCCGAAUGCUAAAAUACCCAUCGUGUUCCACGGUGUCAAUGGCAGGGAGGAAAGGCGGGCCAACAACCCCAGCUACUUCAAUGUCUUUGAAGUCGCUCAGGUCGUCGAGUACGUGAAGCAACUUAUCGAAGAGAUGAACGUUAAACCAGGAGAUAUCGGCAUCGUCACUCCCUACCGGGAUCAAAUGAAGAAGAUUCGUCAGGAUCUCUUGUCGAAAUUAGGGAAAGUGACUAACGCCCUGCUCAUUGGCACGCCUGAAGCCUUCCAAGGCGACGAACGCCUCGUGGUCAUCGUGUCGACUGUGCGUGCGAACCCGGAGCGACUGAUCACGUCGACAGCUCGCGCUCAACUAGGCUUUCUCUCUAACCCCAAGCGCUUCAAUGUGGCCAUCACUCGAGCCCAAGCUCUCCUCAUUGUGGUGGGGUUUCCAUGGCUGCUCGAAGACGACAAAUCAAAUUGGGGGAAACUGCUCAAAUUCUGCCAUGAAAAUGGUUGUUACAAGGGCAUCCCCUACAAACCAAUUAUUGAAGUCGAGAGAAUCGAGAAAAAGUUUAUUGAGCUUCGUAUCCCCGCGGUUGACCCGAUGAAGAAACAACGUCAAGAAGCAUCGUCAUCCAUAAGAAGCAACGUCAACACAUCAGCAGCACACAAAAGAAGCUAA